GCACUGAAGGAAAAUCCUCAUUUGGUUUAUCAUCCGCAGCGAAAAAAAUUAUCGAAAAUCCUGAUGAAAGCCGACCAAUCAAAUCUGGCGUUUGAUACAGCACCCAGUACUCCGGCGAGUAAUGGGCGAGCUACACCGAUCACAUUCGCCUCUCCAAAUCCAACCAAAUUGAAUGGUUGUGUUAACAGUGGCGUGAUAUAUACGCAAGUUCCAGCACAAUCAUUAACCGGAGCAGCUCCAGGAACGGUCAUACUAACCCCAGCAGUGAACUUGCGAACACCAGCGCAAAAUACAUCACAGCGUAAUCAAGCACAACAGCAGAUCCAGCAGAAUACUGCCCCGCAAAAUUUAUCAACAACGAUGCAUCAGAUUCUGGAAUUAUAUUAUACUUCACUUUGUGAACCAGCUUUUCCAGAACCAGGCGAACAGAGCACUUUGUCAUCACCUCAGUACUAUCUUGAUCAGUAUCAAUUGUUACAUCAUCAGGCCAUCACAAAUCAGCAACAUCAGCAAAGUAAUCAGUUACUGUCUGCACAAUCAACUGGUUAA